AUGAUUCCAACAGAUUUAAGUGUUCGAUUCGUCCUGGCUCAACCGAUACUCUAUACAAAGAAGAAAAUUAUCAGUCAGAUGUUUCGAAUAUUGGUCUACUUUAUAUGGAUAUUAAUACAAUUUGUAAAUGCAAUAGAUUACAAAGUAUCAGUUUUGAUAGUAGCUGAACCAAAUCAAGAUACUUUCGACGAAUUAAAAGUCUCUGUUACGAAUGCAUUUGUGGAGGUAUUCGGAAGUACCUCAUAUCACCUUGGAAAUGACACAAUUACAGCUGCUUUUGUUGAUGCAAAAAGCGGAGAAAAUCGUUUGGAACUGACACAAGAUAUAGUAUGCAGUCAGAUGUUGAACUCAUCUCUUGCCUCAGUCAUCUUUUCUCCAUCUCUGACAUCUUCGGCUCGAUUCAUUGAUCUUGUCACAUCUUCUGCUUACACACUUUCAUUUUAUAAAAUUCCAGUUGUCGGAGUCAUGGUUAGAGAUGCUGAAUUUAGUAAAAAGAAUAUUUAUCCAACAUUUGUUCGUCCAACAGCACCACUUUCUGAUGAAGCAUUUGUAUUUCUACACAUGUUGCUCAGGCUUCAGUAUCGGCAGGUAGUUGUUGUGAUUGUAAAACGGGAUAUAAAUGCGGAUCAGUUUGUUGCUGAAUUCGAGAAGAGAAGGGUUGAGUUUAAGAUAAUUGUUCAACAAUAUAUAGAAGUUGAAUUGAAUGAGAACUUGAAUGAUACACUGGCUGAAAGUUUUGAAGAAGUCACUUCAAAUAUAAUAUUGUUAUUUGCAAAAAAAGACGAUGCUGUUCGAAUAUUUGCAAAUGCAGGUGAUUUGACAGGAAAAGGAAAAGUGUGGAUAGUGAGUGAAAGUGCUGGAGAAGCACAUAAUGUACCGAAUGGAUCACUUGGAUGUCGACUCGGACAGACGGCUCUUUCUGUGUUGAGAGACUCAUUCUCAAUCCUGAAAUCUGCAAUGGAAACGGUAUUUCGUGAAUCGAAAAUUGAUAUUUUUCCUCCAGUGGAAUGUGAUAGAGAUAGUGUCGAUGCUGAAUGGAACUCAAUGCAAGCUCCGGCACUUUUGAAUGAAAUAUGUGGAACAUCUACAAGUCGAAUACAUUUUAACGAUAGAUGUGAACGAAUUGGAGUGGAAUAUGACAUAAUUAAUUUUCAUAUGGAAAGAAGACAAGUUGGUGACUUACUCCGUUUAGACGAAGAAUCAAUUGAAUGGGCUGGCGGAACAAAACCUUUAGAAAUCUCUCUUCCUAAACAUUUACGAGUGGUCACUGUAGCUGAUCCUCCAUUCGUUUACACAACUCCAGUCGGCUCACCGUCUCAAUGUACAGAACUUGGGAGUACUGUAGUCGAAUGGUCCAUAUUUGAUAAAAUUGUUGUGCCUGGUCCUUGGUAUUCAUGUCCGAUGACUUCUGCGAAUACGACUGAAUAUUUCUGUUGUGCUGGUCUGGCAAUUGAUCUUCUCUCGAAUUUAUCAUUACCAGAGGCGAAUAAUUCAAUCGAUACAAGUUUCACUUUUUCUCUUCAUCUAAAUGAGUCAUAUGGAGUGAUACAGGCAGCGGAAACUACAGGAAUAACUAUUGGUGGUGUUAUUGGAGAACUAGAUGGAGAUACAGCUGAUAUGGCAAUCGGUGGGAUCACAAUAAAUCCAGAACGAGAAAGAAUAGUUGAUUUCUCUGAGCCAUGGUUGUAUCAUGGAAUCAGAAUUUUGGAGAAAAAUAUUCCUCGUGAUUCCCCAAUGCAAUCAUUCCUUCAACCACUCCAAUCUUCUCUCUGGACCGCCCUUUUCAUUUCUGUACUUCUCGUUGGCCUCGCUAUUUAUUGUUUGGAUUUCAAGUCACCAUUCGAAAGAUUUUAUCAAGCAGAUAAAGAAAUGGAACAAGAUUUAAAGAAAGAAUUCGAACUUUGGAUUGGAAAAGGUGCAGAUGAAAAUGUGAAUUUCGGCGAAGCAAUGUGGUUUGUAUGGGGAGUUUUAUUGAAUAGUGGAGUGUCUGAAAAGACACCAAGGAGUUGUUCUGCUCGAGUUCUCGGUAUAGUUUGGUGUGGAUUUUGUAUGAUUAUGGUGGCAUCUUACACUGCUAAUCUAGCAGCGUUUUUAGUUUUGGAUCAGCCGGAAAAGGGAUUGACUGGUCUUCGUAAUCCAUCUGCAAACUUCUCAUUCGGCACUGUUCUCAAUUCAAAUGUCUAUCAAUAUUUCAAAAGACACGUGGAACUAUCUUCAAUGUUCAGAAAAAUGGAGCCACAUAAUGUGCGUCGUGCUUCUGAGGCAGUUCACUCUCUUCUGAACGGAUCUUUAGAUGCUUUCAUUUGGGAUUCGACUCGUUUAGAAUUCGAAGCAGCACGUCAUUGUGAACUGAGGACACGUGGAAGUUUAUUUGGAAGAAGUGCUUAUGGGAUAGGUUUACAAAAGAAUAGUCCGUGGACACCACAUAUUACUUCCGCGAUUUUAAGAAUGUCUGAAAGUGGAGUCAUGGAAAACUUGGAUCAGAAAUGGAUUGAUAGAGGUGGUCCGAACUGUGUGGUAGAGGCACAUAAGUCACCUGCGAGGCUCGGAUUGGUUAAUAUGAAGGAUAUUUUCAUACUUGUUUCAUCUGGAGUUGCUCUUGGAAUCUUUCUCAGUUUUGUGGAAGUGUCAUAUGGAAGAUGGCUGGCUGAUAAAGGGUAA